AUGUCAUCCACUCCAUCUACAUCCCAAUAUGAUGCCAUCGGCUCUCGCUACGCUGCUAUCAAAAACCAGCAAGGGUCUUCUUUUGAGCUAGCAGCCAUCCAGACACACAUUGGAAAUAUCACCGGUCUCCGCAUUCUUGACCUCGCUUGCGGAGCCGGGUACUACACUCAAAAGCUCUUGGAAUGGGGCGCUGAACGUGUAGUGGGUAUCGAUAUCUCCCCAGCGAUGAUAGAAUCCGCACGUGUUCAAUGCGGAGGAGGAGACUUGGGUACAGAUAACGAGCACCUAAAAUAUCAUUUCCACGUCGCAGAUUGCAGCAAGCCAUUAGAGAAUCUAGAAGAGAAAUUUCAUCUCGUGCUCGCAGUUUGGUUUCUGAACUAUGCGUCUGAGAAACGGGAACUCUUGGCUAUGUGGCGCAAUAUUUUUGCGUCUCUUGUGCCUGGUGGGAGGUGUGUGGGGAUUGUGCCGAAUUUCGAGAGUUUGCGUUCGAAGAAUGUGGGAGAGUCGAGACAUGGCGUUACGAGGAAUAUCUUGUGUAGGGUGGAUGGGGGCGCAAAGGUUCAGAUCUCGGUUCAUGGGAAGGAUGGGGAGAAGGAGAAUCCACUGGUCUUUGAGGCGUAUAUAUGGGAGAGGGAGUUGUAUGAAGAUUGUGCUAGGGAAGCGGGGAUGGAGGGCCUGAAGUGGUUGGAGUUUGUUGAUCCUUUGGUGGAGGGGUUGGAUUUUGAGGAAUUUUUGGAAAUGCCGCAUUUUAAAUGCUUUGUUGCUUCGAGAUCUGGAGAAUAA